AUGGAUCAAAUGUUUAAUGGUCUCACCGAAGAAAUUCCUUCGUUAUACACAAAGAUAGAGCAGAACCCAAUUUAUCUGAAAGGCUUUGAAGAGCAACAGUUUAUUGAGACGCCGCUGCACUUCGCCGCCAGGAACGGAUGGAUUCUGAUGGCCGUAGAAAUCCAGAGGUUAAUGCCUUCGUUUGGUAAAAAGCUGGACCUCAAUGGGUAUACCCCCGUUGACCUGGCUCAGCGGCGGGCCCAUGCAUUGACCGCAGCCGCCCUGCAGGAGGGCCGUGGUUUGACCCCUGCCGAGGUGGCCCUGCGGGAGGCCCUUUUCAGGACUGUCUGUGCCUUGAUAGAUGUGAACCCGGAGCUGGUCCGAGUACAGGGGAGAGAAGGCAUAACGCCCCUCCAUUUCGCCGCUGAAACAAACAAUGCUAAGCUAUUGGCUGAACUUCUUAUGACCUGCCCGGAAUCGAUCAAUGUGUUAACGGUCCGAGGGGAGACCGCUGUCCACGUGGCGGUGAGGAACCGGAACUUGGAGGCGUUGAAGGUUUUGUGUGGUUGGCUGGCUGGGUGUGAUAGAAGCCAGGUGUUGGGAUGGAAGGAUCGAGAAGGCAAUACUAUUUUGCAUGUGGCCGCGUCCACCAAUCAACCCGCGGUUCUGAAGCUAUUGGUCGAACGAACAAACGUGAGGGAGAAAAACUCAGCAGGCUUGACAGCCCUCGACAUAGUAAGGCAACUUCCAGCUCAUGUGAACGAAAUAUCUGCUCGGUCAAUCUUAGAGAACCGGGAAAAAGAAAACACUUUAUUUGGUUUCAUUUUAUCACAGUAUUUUAAAAAAUCUUUAAACGAGAUCAACGAAUAUAUAGAGAGGGGCAUGCCGGGCGACACGCGAAACGCAGUCCUCGUAGUGGCAGUUCUGAUCGCCACUGCAGCUUACCAAGGGGUGCUCAGCCCGCCUGGCGGCUUAAACCAAGGAAAUAACGGAAAUACCAACACUAGUACUGGUUCAUUUGAUGCAAGUGGGAAAGCGGUGAUGUCAAAACAAGACUUCUACUCUUUCAUGCUAUAUAAUUCUGGUGCAUUGGCCGUCUCGCUUGGGCUUAUCGUCUUUUUUAUCCCUUUAACCUCGGCCAACGAUUUUGUACUUGGUAUACUUCUAGUUUCUGUGCCCCUGAUUUCCUUGUUGUGCGGUUAUCUGACGGCGCUGAGGGUUAUAUCGCCGCUGGAUUUUAAUAAAUUGAUAGAACUUCUGGCAUUUAUUCUUUUAACUUUCAUUGUGUUUGUACUCGUGAAAUUCUUCAUGCUCUACUUUUCAAGGAGGCGGCUGUGGUCACGAAGAACAACGCCCACAAGACCAGAAACACCUUAA